AAUAAGGGAUAUGUCUUGUAACUAAACAGCGUGUGAAAAUUCUGCGAUCAGCUUUAGAUAUUGGAUUACACUGUACGCUUCGCCGCUAUUCGUUUUGGUAAAAACAUCGGAGAAAAAGACAGAACCUCUUAGAUGUUUUAAUAGCGUUAUUUCGCAGGAACAGUUCGGGAUUAUCAAUUCGUCGCCAUUAACGGAGGAUAUUGAACAGUUUUUCACUUAUCAACCCUUCCUACUCCUUAGCUUACUACUCAUCUCUGAAGGAAUGAAUAUACGAAGUGCUACAUGCAGAUCUUGAUAUAUGUUUACAAUGGACACCAGGGGUCGAGUUACACUCGUUUUCCUCUGCAGUUUUGGAACCGGAGCAUUUGGUUCCAUGAAUGUCGCAUUCUCUGGGAGUCACGCAGCACUGGACGGGAAUCUAACGACUUGUAACAACAGCACAACGAAUAUAACGGCGUACACCUACAUGUACAAACUGACUCUGGCGACCGAAUACGUCAUCUCAAGAAUCAACAUAGACUACAGACACGGACGGACCGACGAACUUUCCGGAUUUUCCCUUUUCUUGGGACUGAAUUGUAGCGACCUCUCUUUCGUUUAUCAGCAUUCAGGCCCAGCCAUUCUAAGCACCCGGGUCUCCCUCACGUUCCAAGCUAAUGCUCCAAAAGUAGCAAGCUGUAUCGGUUACUUUAACAACAGGACCAUCAACAGCGUACCAUCCGGAUACAGUCCUCACGCCAAAGUGGAUAUCUGCAAUUUGGAGGUUCUGGGUUGUCGUCAAGGGUUUUACGGCCGUGGUUGUUCUUAUCGUUGUCCGUCAGUUUGUGAAGACAUGUGUAACCCUGACAACGGAAAAUGCUUGGAUGACGUCAGCGUCAUAGAUCAGGAGUAUAUCGAAGUUCUCUGUCCAAACCCUGGUUAUCUACAACAAUCGAUUAGUGUUAUAUGUGUGGAAGAAACUCCGUCCACGCCGGUGAUUAGUGCCACCCACUACAGCAGUAGCAACACCACCAUGGUCUGUCCACCGCAACUUUUUCCUAUCACUUCACCGUGUCUUGGCUCCUUCAGCGACGUCAACUUCUGUGAAAACAGUACAGUAGCUGACAUAUGUACCAUCGAUAGCGAGGACAUUCUGAACAAAAGCGUGGUGUCCUGCCCUGGUUCAGAAGUCGCACUCAGACUUCAUUAUCGCUGUAAAAAAGUAUGCCCUAUCACAACCAUCGAAAAAACAGUUCCUUUUGCCAUACUGCUCGAAGCCAACCAAUCCGGUGCGCUCGUUCUCCACUACCAGUGUAACCCGGGCUAUUUUUCUUCGAUUCUUGACGUGUAUUGUGACAGUGAAACUCUAGUCUGGCUCGGUCCGUUUCCAAAAUGUGAGAGAAGCUGCGCAUUGACUGACAUUGACAAGGACGUGAGUAACGCUGAGUGGUGGAGCAAUAAUACACACCUAGUAUACACCUGUCAUGCGGGGUACUCCGUGCAAGGCGGGAACUUAUUGCGCUACUGUACACCAAACGGAGAGUGGAGCGGCCAACCGCCAAGUUGUACAGAGAUCACGUGUCAAUGUCUUUGCGACAUACCAUCGGUCGAUCCGUCCACACUGAAUGGUUCAGCGGCCCUAAUCCAGAAGAUUGAGGAGAUCAAGUCCACGCUGACUGUGGAUCGCCGGACCACCUCCAAGUUCAACCGGAGCAGGGAGAGCGCCCCGGACCCACGCCUGUCCGCCCGGGGGAUCGGGUUUGGGGUGGGGGUCACUAUUUUGACCAUUAUUGUCUGUUUGAUUUGCAUACCAGAUAUUCCAAAGUUAGUUCAGGAUAUCAGGUUUGGGUGUUCAUGAUGCACUAGUAAAGUUGAAUUAGCAAGAGAUGAACUUCUUGAACGAAAAGUCAUCAUCCAUGCAUUACGAUAUAUAUA